UGCGCCUAUUUUGAAAGUUGUGGAAGCGAUUUCGAUAAAUAAAAUUUGUCAGGAAAAAAUUGCAAUACGUUUAAAGUUUAAAGGUAUGGAUAAAUAAUAUUAUAGUACGCUAGUAUUGGUUUACAGAAAGAAAUGCAGUUUGAAGGCGAUGCCAAGUUCUUAACUCUUUCCUUACCUUAGCCUUAGUCAGUCCUUAGUGGUCUCCUUAUUAUUCUAUUAUUGACGUCUGCUUUCUUACGUCUUCUUGUCAUGGAAAUAUUUACUUUUCAAUCAAAGUUUGUCAAUAAUAAAAAUAUGAAUAUUACAUGAAUAUGAUAUAACGGGAGACGACAAAGCGUUACCGUUACUGUUAGUAAAUUGUUAGGUCCUUUUGAAAUGUUUCACUCCCAGUCUAUGUAUCACAAUGUGUGAAACUAAAUAAGUGUUGAGCAAUAAUUGCCAUAAGUUAUAAGUAUAAGCCAUAAUCAUAAGCUCUCUCUGUCUCCUGGCAGCUACUCGCAUUUGAGUCACAUGUAAUAGUAAUAAUUAUGUAAUUUAACAAGUGUGGUUUGCUGCAUCAAAUCAAUGAUCGGUAUUGAACAUUUUAAGUUAAAUAAAAAAGCCAUAGAAGCACCAUUGUCAUUUUUGUUGUUGCUGGCAUCCGUCUGAGUCAGGAUGUGACGAUGGUGAAGACUUCACUGGACGAAAUCCACAAGGCCUGGGAUUAUUCUUCAAGGACCUGUUUACUCGUGCGAUUUUGGCGUACAAUGUACGAUUUUGAGGUGUAAACUGUAUGUUUAUUUUUUUAAACUAUAAAUUUAAUGUAUUGAACGAUUUUGUGAUGAUAUUGUACGAUUUUAAGAGUUUGAGGGUAAACAGGUUCGGCGUAAUCCGCCUACAGGUUUGAAUUCAGAGUUUUUUUCUCUUAGAUGAGUUGCCAUUCAAGGUUAAUGAGUCCCAUCCAUGCGGGGUGCUGGUGAUGUUGACUGGGCUUCGGCUGGAAUUGAGCUCCAGAGCACCAACUUGGGAUUUGCUCAGUUUAGACCACUCUGUCACCCAGCACCCAACCAUUGAGUCCAUUGCCAUUACAUUAAAUUAAAAGCCAGUAGCGACUCUAGUCUAGGAGGCGGACGUUGUUGUGAGGGAUGUGAGCGUGGACUGCUCAGGACACUCACAGGGGGGGGGGGGGAUGUGACACCAAAUAGAAAAUUUAAAAUUAGGUAGAGCUUGCUUGAGUCGGUAUCAAUGGCAAAUCUUAGUGAAAUACAAGAGCAAUGGUUCAGGGUGUUACCAUCAAGAAAAGACGUUGUUGUGAGGGAUGUGAGCGUGGACUGCUCAGGACACUCACAGGGGGGGGGGGGAUGUGACACCAAAUAGAAAAUUUAAAAUUAGGUAGAGCUUGCUUGAGUCGGUAUCAAUGGCAAAUCUUAGUGAAAUACAAGAGCAAUGGUUCAGGGUGUUACCAUCAAGAACAGGGUGCUGUCAGAAUCAGAGCAUGUUGCCACCAGAAGAGGCAGACGCUGAAGGGUCCAUGGGCCACAGGGAAUUCUGGAGGGAGGGAGGGCACCAUGAGGUUACAGCACGUGGUGACACCAACCUUAGUGAUCAAUGCAUUCUGUAACUUUAGGUGACUUACAGUUUUUUAAUGAGAAUAAUGAAUUGAAUAUGCUAGGGCAAGAUUCUUGGUAUUGAAACUAGUUUUAGUUCCUGCUUGGUUUCUAAUAUUUUAAAAUUCUUUACAGAUAUUUCCAUUUGUACAAAAACAGGACAGAAAGACAACAAAAAUUAUUGUAUUGUUCUUUAUUUUGAAAGUAAGUUGAUAGAUUUCGUCUGCUGCACCCUAAGAUUUAAUUCAGCCAAAUAGCUCUUCAACUCUGGAUUCAAUUUUGUUAAUAAUCAUCCUGAUUUAUUUUUCUUUUGUAGCGGAUGUACAAUGGAAUUUGUAAUACCAACCUCAAAAGAUGAAUUAUUAAGCAGAAAAGAUGUGAACAGUUAUUGUGUUGAAGAUUUGCUUACCAUUCGACAAAUCGCCCCAGCUUUGCAAGCCUUUAAAUCUGCAUGUCAUGGAAAUGCUGACUGUAUUGUGAACAAUUUUGAUACAUUGUUCAGCAUUCUUUGGUAAUAGGCUAUAGCAUUAUAUAAUUUGUUGGAAUAUAACAAAAUUUAUCAGAAAACAUUAUUUUUAGACAUCGAAAUUGUAUUUGAUGUUCAUUAAAAAUUUUUCCCCAGUCUACACAAAGAUCUUGACCCUAUCACCAGAGAAGAUGCUUGGACAUAUCUUCUACGGGGUAAAUUUGAAAUUAAUGAAAUUUGAUAACAGAUAUAUAUAUUUAUUUUUUUAUUGUGAAUUUUGUGUUGUUUUAAUUUUAAACGAAAUUCACAUUUGAAAAUCAAUUUUCUUUGUAAAGAUUAUUUAGUAUAUUUAUUUUUAUUGCUUUCAAUUUUUCUAUUGUUGAUGCUUUGGUUUUUAAUAUCAGGUUGCAAGACGUUUUUCCGCAGUUUGUCAUCGGUGCUUGAUGAAUCAGACUUGAGUCGAGAUGAUCGUGUGAAAAACUUAAAUGCUACCAAAAUGGCGUGUUAUUUGUUGUGUCAGUUCAUGGAAUUGUUUGACUCUGAAGCGACUAGACCAGCUGCUGUUGUUGCUGGAAAAGUAAUUUUGAAUAAAUUAUUUGAAAAAGAAAGAACUUUUAAUUUCAUAUGGACACAAUCAGAAAAAAAUGUUAAUAUUUGUUAUAAAGGAACAAGAUUGAUUGUCUAAUUAAAGCAUUGUAUAUUUUUAUCAGUAAAAACCCAGUUACCUUACAUCUUCUUUCCUGACAAAAGCUCACUUAUGCCUCGCAUUAUAUUUUGUGUUACAGCACAUUUUCCAAUUUUAAAAAUAAUUUUGGUAAUACUUCUGUUCAGGCGCUUUUGAAUUCAAGAUGAAAUUUCAGGUUAUGUUAUAUGAUAAGUGAAACCUACUUGUAAUUUUAAACAGUAUAGUGUUAAUUAAAUUUCUUUAGUACCAUAUUUCAAAGCAUAUCUCAUUAAGUUUAUCCUUUUGUAAUUUGAAUUUAAUGAGUGUGCAAAUUUUCCAGGGGCGGGGCAAAAAAAAGCAACAAAGUUCAAGUUCGACAGAUAUGGAUUGGGUGAAGGAAAAGAAGGAUGGUAUUCAAAUGCUGCUAGAAUUCAUCCAGCUUUCCCUAAACAAAUUGUGGGAUCCCCCUGUUGCAGAAGAAGAGUUUGUUAGGUUAGUCUUCUAUUCACUGAGAAAUAUUAGUAUUGGAGAACUUUCGUUUUCCAUAAUUUUAAAAAGGAUGCAACAAAAUGAUGAAUGGACAGCAAGAAGCCUUCUUCGGCGAACAAACGGCAGUAAAACCAAUAUAAAUCGAUUACCUAUAUUAACUCUCUUACUUACCAAUGGUCUCUUACAAUCCUCUUGCUGUCCUCUUGGAUGCUACAUUUCAGCUAAGUGUUCAUUUAAAAUUUGUGUUAUUCGUUGUUUGUUUGCUGAAGAAAACUUCUGGCCCACACAUUCACAGACCUGUUUACAAUUACGAUUUUGGCGUACAAUGUAUGAUUUUCAGAUGCCUUUACAAUUGUGUGCCAAGGCCUGUCAGGACUACGAUUUUAAGAGACUUUGUUUAAAAAUUAUACAUUCUGUUAGUUUUUGAGAUUUAAGAAACAAACAAAUUUACAUUUUGGGUUGUAGUUUUAGCUCUUUUCUACAUCCGACAGUAAAUGGAUCGAGAAAUAUGAUUGGUUUGGGGCCAUCUAUAAUUAUAUAACUUUUGCCCUGAGAGGGGAAGAGGGUGGUGUUGAUUAAGGAGAUGUUGUGUAUGGGUGUGUGUGUGUGUGUGUGGGGGGGGGGGGGUUGAUAGGUCUAUAAAAAAAAAACCCCCACGUUUUUGUAAAAAUAGGCUGAAUGGAAAUUGAUUCUUUAAAAAAAAAAAAACCCCAGCUGUUUCUAAACAAUAAUUAUCAAGUCACUUGGUAGAUUUUGUAAAUUACGUCCUCAUUUGUUAAUUAAUUAUCACAAUACAUUUUAUUUCAUGCUGAACUGACUUCGAGUUUGAACCACAUAAAAUUUUACCAGUAACACAGACCUGUUUACUCUUACGAUUUUGGCGUUCAAUGUACGAUUUUGAGGUGUAUACAUUAUAUAUACAGCACGUUUUUGCUCUAUAAAGAGAAUGUAUUGAACGAUUAUAUGAUGAUAUUGUACGAUUUUAAGGGUUUGAGGGUAAACAAGUCUGGUAACAGACUGAUAAUGUGCUCUGCACGUUCACCCAAACAUUCAUUGAUAUUUAUCAACAGCAGAUACAUGUCUACAAAAUAAAGUGACAGCAGAUUGGAAUAUAAAUGUCGGUAAUCUACCUUUGGUAGUUACCAUUUUUGUUUUAUUUUGAGAAGAUAUUGUACGAUUUUAGGAGUUUGAGGGUAACCCAGUCUGCGUUCAUUGGUUUGUUGCUUCCUUUUUUCAGGUUUUCCUGUACCUUGUUUCAUAAAUUUCUUUCUACCAUACCUUCUUUUAAAAAUUUCCUUCUACCUAAUCUGAUUGCAGUCUCUCAUCCUUUAUUAUCAUGUUUCAGUUACAAUCAUUUCAAUAUUUACUUUACCAAAUAAAUAGAACAUAAGUGAGCUAAAAUUACUUAACAUCUUUGACUUUGUUUUUAGUAACGAUUAUCUUUUUAAAAAUUGAAUAUUUUAAUACUUUCCUCAGCCUUGUUAGCACUUGCUGUUACAAGUUGCUGGAGAAUCCAGCCACCAGCAAAGAGAAAGAUGCACUAGUGGCAAUAGCUCACAUCAUCGGGAACCUGGUUAAACGCUACAACCAUGGGCUUAGUAAGAACAAUUUAUUUUGUUCCAUUGAUGAGCACAAACAAUAAUAUAUUAUUUAUAUACAAUAUCAUACGCUGCCCCCACCCCCUUAAAAAUUCUUUACCAAACUCAAAGCAUUUGUUUCAUUAACAUUAUAUUUUAUCUCUUGAUAUUAAUUUGCUUUGAUUUAUCCUUGUAGGUGCAAGUUUAAAGAUUGACCAGUUACUGAAGCAUUUUGAGUUUCUAACCUCCCCUUUAGCCCAGAUAGUGGAAAUAAUAGUUAAAGAUCAUGGCUGCAAAUCAAUUGUCACUGAAAUUAUUCGGUAAAUAUACUUGCCUUAGUUAACAUGACAAAUACAAGUUGCAUUUGUAACUGACAUAACUUUCAGAAAAAUGCUUUCAAUUUUCAUCCAUUAUAUAUGAAAAAUGCCUUUUAAGUGUACUUAAUUUACUUAUACAUGGUUUUGGGGGCUUAAGGUGGUAGACUGUAAUACAAUAGCAUUUAUAAAUAUAUAUUAAGCAAAAAAAUGAUAAAAUAAUUGUAACUAAUGUAACAUGAAAAGGACAUACAUAAUAUUUGAGUUAGCACCUUCUUGUUGCUUUCCUCUGAAAUAUGCUUAAAAUGAAAGAUAUUUUGCGAACUAAUUAUAUACAGUUUACUUUUCAAAGGGAAACUUUUAAAAAGCUACCAAAUUAAAAAAACAAAAAAAACAUACAAAAUAAUGUAGCUGGCGUAACAUGACUUUGGAACUGAUGUAAUGUGUUUGAAUGCAAGCAAUCAAAACUAGAACAAUGUCAGUUCUUUUACAGAAUUAUAAAUACUUCACUGUAGCAGUUAUAAUGUACUUAACUAAAACAUACAUAACAGUGUUUUAAUGCUUGUCCAUCAUGUUAUAUUAAUUAUGACAAUAAAAAUUGUCCGCAUAAAUUUAUUAGAUGUCAACAAAAUAAAAUUCAAAUAAAAUUUCUAUUAAAAUGUGCAGGCAAAAAUAACUGCUUUAUGAUUUAAAUUUCAAACAUAGUUCUUUUCAAAAAAUUUGUUUGAUAGUGAAAUUGGCAACUCCAGGGAAGCCUUACGGGAUUCAGCAUCAGGAAAAGCAUAUGCAGCCUUUUUAGUUGAGAUUGCAGAGAAAAUUCCAUUAUUUGUGCUGCCUUCGAUGUCUUUUGUCCUUAAUCUCCUGGAGGGCGAG